AAUAAGUAUAACAUUCCGUCUGGUAGAUAAAGUAUUACGCUUUGUUCAGGCUUGAUCUACAUGACAUUCAGGUCGAUACAGUCCAAUUUUUUUCACAAUCUAUCGUGCGGCAAGUUUUAGUUGGAAGUAAGGGUCCUGACAGGUCACAAUAAAAUCAACGAACGACAGACAUUCUUUUAUUGAUGACAGGACUGUGAGAAUCUGGUUCUGUGGAUGUACGUUUGUUUUGACUUCUAUUUGUGCUUGGUGACAUAUAAUCUCCACGGCUGAUAAAAUUUAACUGCUGGGAAAAUAAGAUAGUUGUUCAGCUAACAGAUAAUAAUAAUGUUUUGAAUAGGAAGAUGUAAAAAAAGAAAUAGGAUAGCAGUAAAUAGGUGUAAGAACUUUAGGAUGUAUAUAUAAAAGAAACUAGUCACUUGUAAGCCCAAGCUGAGCGGAAAUCAAAAUGGUUGCCAAACCAAAAGACCAAGAGAAUGAGCAAGAAGGGGUGGAGGAUAUGAUCCAUUUAAGUGAUCUGAAUGAACGAUCUAUUUUGGAAAAUCUAAAACAUCGCUAUGCCAAAGAACUUAUUUAUACAUAUACUGGUAGUAUAUUGGUGGCUGUUAAUCCAUAUCGGAUGUAUAAUAUAUAUGGAUUGGAUAUGGUUAAACGAUAUGAAGGUAGAACCCUUGGAUCAUUAUCCCCGCAUCUUUUCGCAAUUGCCAGUACAGCUUAUUCCCAGAUGAUGAAAACUUCGGAGAACCAAGUUAUAGUUAUCAGCGGAGAAAGUGGUGCUGGUAAAACAGAAAGUACAAAACUUGUGAUGCAAUAUUUAGCAGCUGUAAAUAAAUCAGGCAAUAAUUUAAUAACAGAACAAAUUGUAGAAGCCAAUCCUUUACUGGAAUCAUUCGGAAAUGCAAAGACUAUCAGGAACGAUAAUUCCAGUAGAUUUGGAAAAUAUAUUGAAGUUUUCUUUAAACGUGGAUCAAUGGUUGGAGCUCGAACUCAAGAAUAUUUACUUGAAAAAUCAAGAAUCGUCAGUCAGGCAACAGAUGAAAGAAAUUACCAUGUAUUCUAUGAAAUGUUGUCGGCCAUGUCAGAUGAAGAAAAGAGUAAAUAUGGUUUACAAUCGGCACCGAAAUAUUUUUAUCUCAAUCAGGGAGGUGAUGCAAGUAUUCCUGGAAGAGAUGAUGCAGAAAACUUCCGUAAAAUGAAAGCAGCCAUGGAUGUAUUAAAUUUUGACAAAUCUGAGAGAGAAACCGUUUACAAAAUUCUUUCCUGUGUUCUCCAUAUUGGAAAUAUUUAUUUUAAAAGUGAUCAGAGUGAAAAUCAUGACAAUACUGUAGAAUUAGGAAGUGAAGCGGAAAUAAAAUGGAUAUCAUAUUUAUUACAAUUAUCGGAAGACUGGUUAAAACAAGCACUUAUUAGUAAAGUUACUGAGGCUCGAGGAGAUAAAGUUUAUACACCAUAUAAUUUAGAUCAAGCUUUAGAUGCCAGGGAUGCCAUUUCUAAAGCUUUAUAUACCCGUUUAUUUACUUGGUUAGUGGAGAAAAUUAAUGCAGUAAUCUGUCGUGCUGAACGAGACAAAUCAACCUCUUUAGCUGUACUAGAUAUCUUUGGUUUUGAGGACUUUACAACCAACAGUUUUGAACAGUUAUGUAUCAACUAUGCCAAUGAAACUCUACAGUAUUUCUUCAAUCAACAUAUAUUUCGACUAGAACAGAAGGAAUAUAUUAAAGAAAAGAUACGAUGGAAUCACAUAGAAUUUAAAGAUAAUCAGCCCACUAUAGAUUUAAUCGCCACUAAACCUGCUGGUAUUCUACAUAUACUGGAUGAUGAAUCAAACUUUCCUCAGGCCACUGACCAGUCUUUCCUAGAGAAAUGUCAUUUCCACCAUGGAAAUAAUUCCUUAUAUAGUAAACCAAGAAUGUCUGGUCCAGAAUUCUCCAUCACACAUUAUGCUGGAGAUAUUAAAUAUGAUGUUACUCAUUUCUUAGAGAAAAAUAAAGAUACGUUACGUAGUCAUGUGGUGGAACUGAUGUGUGAAAGCAAAAACCAGAUAAUAUCUCAGAUGUUUAAAGAUAUGCGAGACCGUCUGAUAACUAAAACAUUAAGCAAAACAACUGGUAGAUAUAUCACAUUAAAACCAAAAACAGCAACCGUGGCAGCAAGUUUCGGACAAUCACUGCUGUCUCUUAUAGACACCAUGACAAGGUGCAAUCCAUAUUUUGUGCGAUGUAUUAAACCUAAUACAACCAAGACACCGAUGAAGUUUGAUGAUAAUGUUAUAUUAACACAACUACAGUAUACUGGUAUGAUGGAAACUGUAAGAAUUAGAAAGAUGGGGUUCCCUAUUAGAGUCAAGUUUCCUCAUUUUAUAGAAAGGUAUCGUUGUUUACUAAAAGGGGCUAAAUUACCUGCCCGUGAAUUACCAAGUGAAGUUUGUGCCAAGAUUUUAUUAACUCAAGGUCCUCUUCAUGCUGAACAAUAUCAAAUUGGUGCUACAAAGGUUUUUAUGAAAGAAGAAUUCGAACAUCAUAUUGAUAUUGAAGCAGCUAAGAUUAUGAAAGAUGCUGUGAUAAGAAUACAGAAAUGUACAAGAACUUUCUUAGCUAGGAAUCGCUUCAAGAAAUCAAGAGGCGCUGCCACUAAGCUUCAGUCUGCUUUUCGUACAUGGAAAGCCAGACGAGACUUCAAAGUUUUUCGAAAUGGGAUUAUUAGAGCUCAGGCCCAGUUUCGUAUGCGAAGACAGAGACGCAAAUAUCUACAGACUCGUGAAGAAAUUAGAAGAAAAUUGGAUCAAGAGAGGUUGUUAAGGAAGAAACAACAACAAGAAAAAAUGCAGCGUGAGCAGCAGGAGAAAGCUGCUAAAGCUGCUGCAGCCAAUGUUACUAAUCUAGAUAUACCAGGAGAACUGGCUUUUGUAUUUAGUAAACUAGAGGAUUGGCAACUUGUACAUAAUUCUAAACAUGUUAUUACUGCUGUUGGAGAUGUCCGACCGAUGGAUAUGGGGUAUAAAUUACCUGUUGAUAUUAACUCACACGUCUUCAAUAAAUUCACUGGAGUUUAUUUCAAGGAUCCAUCAUGGGGUGUUAGAAAUGAACCAAUUAAGGCACCUCUCUCAAAUACACCAGGAGAAGAUGUAUUCCACAAAUCUAUUUCCGUCUUCAAGUUGAUACUAAGAUUUAUGGAUGAUGAGAAAAUGUCCGAGAAGAGACAAAAAAUGGUGUCUGAUUAUAUUGUCCAAAUGGGCUUGCAAAAUGAAGGAUUACGUGAUGAACUUUAUUGUCAGCUUAUUAAUCAAACCUGGAAAAAUCAGAAAUUAUCAGCCGUAGAGAAAGGCUGGUUGUUAAUGGCUAUGUGUCUCAGUUGUUUUCCGUCUAGUUCAACUUUAUUUAAAUAUCUUCUCAAGUAUGUGUCUGAUGUGGGUAUAAAUGGCUACAAGGUCAUCUGUCAACAUAAAGCUCUACAAUGUGCCAAUAUUCUUCCACAAUUAAGUCGAGUGUAUCCACCAUGUUAUUUAGAGUGGAUGGCAGCACAGCGUAAAGCUAAUAUGGCGCUAGAAGUAAAAUUUCCUGAUGAUGUGAAUAUGUAUGGUCAUAUUGAGUCGUGGACAUCAGGAGAAUUAUUUACAUCACAUCUACUUAAAAUGAGAGGGUUACCAGAAAACUGUCAUGGCUGGACAGUUGUUUUACAGAAUGAUACAGAUUUCUAUGAAUUAAUGGGGUAUGACUAUGUUCUGGAUUUAAUAAGUGAAAUGGAGAUAGCACCAGGCUUUCCUGUAUGUAAGGCCUAUUUCUUGGUAUCUACCGAUAGAAGUAAAGAAAGAAUACAACAUCGUAGACAUCUUAAUUCCGAUCUUCCUCACAACCCAGAUAGAGAAAGAUUAAUGAUUAUAGUGGGUAGAUUGCCAGAGUUGCUGAAACGUGACACAUCAAAAAUGAAUUCCGGUAAUAUCUCGGAUAUUAAACAACAACGAAUCUUACGGCAGAAAAUGGCAAAUUCCCCUCCAUUAGAGGAUGAACUGGGUUUCUCUAUGACUAGUGUGUUAAAUCAAAGACCAACAGAUAUUUUCUCUAAGGGACUUUCGGAGAGCAAAAUGAAUACCCGGUAUACAAAGAGAAGUGGAGCUGUAACAAACGGAAAUUCAAACGGUUUCACAAACGGAGAUAUCACAACAAUCAUUGAAGAUGAUCUGGAAAAUGAAUUAUCUGGAAAUAGAUUAAAUGUUCGUUAUUUUUCAUCAAAUGGUGAAAUUGGACAUCCAGAAAUGACAGCAGAUCUUGAUCCUCAUAGUAAACUCAAUAGCCGCUAUGUGAAAUCAGGUAUUCAAGGAAAGAGGAAAAUAGUGGGAGGUAAUCGCGGUAAACAUAUAACAGACGGAAAUGCUUCAGAAGCAUCUUUUGUGACCAAUAAUACAGACUUCUCUCAUUGGGUAGAAGACGUUUUUAACAAUGCUCUUCAAAAUGAAGAGGAUGAUAUAGGUGAUGGUAGAAUGUUGGAGAAUAGAAUACGUGGAGGUGGAAAAGGUAUACCAGGAUUACAAACACAGCAGACAAGUAUGCCUCUAGCUACUGGUGGUUUUAUACCUCAGAUGCCAACUGGUGGUCUGAUCCCACAAAUACCAACUUCAACUUUACCCCCUCCUACAGAUGCUUUACAACAAUUGGUGGCUCAACAACAGAUGCAACAGCAACAACAAGCAGUACAAGCUUACAUGACACAAAUGGCUGAAGCACAGAGACAGCAACAACAACAACAAGCAAUGAUGCAGGCAGCACUACAGCAACAAAAUGCCAGUGCUAACAUCCAAGCUCAAACACAAACAACUACAUCUGCUUUACGAACAGCCUUACAACAACAAGAACUACAGAAUCAGUUACUGAAACAAUCUAUCGAACAGGAAGUUCUUAAACAACAGCUUCAACAGAUACAGACAGGACCGAGACCAACUGGUUAUCCUGCAGUAAAUGGAGGCAUUAUUAGUCCAGCGUCUAGUUUUAACAGUGGUCUUAGUGUUCAGACUAAUCAAUUACCAGGAUAUAUUCCAUCCAAUUUUGGUGCGGCUUCCAAUAUUUCUCAAACAACAAGUAACUUUCAACAACAGCCACCACCGCCUACAGCACCAAAGAAAGUCUCGUUUAUAAAAAAUAAUUUUGAACCUUCUUCCUCUUCACAGGGUCUAAUGAAUCAGCCAAGUUAUGUUUUUAAAUCCCAACAAUCUAAUUUAUCUAAUGGUGUGUCGAAUCAAGUGACUAGUAAAGCUGCUAAUUUUGGUGCUGCUUCUACGUCAGCAAUGACAUACGAACAACAACCUGUAACCAAGGUAACAGUCCGUGAAGAAAGAAGCCAAACACAAACAAACAUCCCUCAUGAUCCACCUCCCCCACCACCAACUUCUUCAGCUUUUAUUGUUCAAAAACUUCACAGUCAGCCAGCUAUUCCCCCACCUCCUCCACCACCCCCUCCAGCACCUACGAAUAAUUUUGAACCAGAGAUUGACAGAGAAACUGGUACUUUUACAUUUAAAGACACUGAAGGUAGAGCGAGAACUAUUCGUAUCGGGCGAGUUGUCUGGCCACCACCUGUAGCACAUGACGGACAUAAACUACGAGAUGUGGGUAAACUGGACAUAGAUGAACAAGUAGCUAGAGAUCUGGAGAAAAUGUCUGGUAAAGCAAAAUGGAAACCACCUGCUAAACCAGCUGAUGAACCUAAAUCCAUCUUAAAGAAGCAGGAGAAACCAUUAAAACGAGGUAAAUCUCUAGUGGAAACUACCCACAUGGAGACGUUAAGAUUAUUAGAAGUAAAACUAGGAGGAGUACCUGCUAAAAAGACAACCACCACCACCACUACUGAAACAGCUAAAAAGGCCAUAACAGCUGCUGUUGCAACUAAAGCUAUCGAGGGCAUCCCCCUUCCUCCUCCACCACCACCAGCACCAGCAGCACUUCCACCACCAUUACCUGACCGACCUCCACCAACGAAACCAAGUACUAUACAAACACAGACGGAGAGAAUUGAGAAAGUAUCAGAAAAUAUACAAGCACAGGAACCAAUUUAUGAGACACACAUCACACAGGAAGAGGAAGUACAAACUAAGAUUAUUGACUAUGCCACUCUUGAAAGAGUUAUGACCGAACUUUACCCACAACAAAAGAAUUUCUUCCUUACUUACAGUCCGGUUCCAUGGAAACUUCAUGUCAGAAAAGAGGUAUUUUUACCACAAGAGAAAUUAGAUAAUCAACUAGCUCUACAUCUAAUCUACUGUCAAGUUGUACAAGAUGUUUAUAAUAAUGCUUGUAUUAGAAUCACUAAAGAGGAUAAAAUCAAAAUGAAAUCUACUCUAGAUACAUAUGGAGUUAGUAAUCAUAAUGUUUUAACUAAAGAGGUCAGUCAGAAAGCCAAGAAAAUUAUAGUUGAUACCGCCAAAGAAUGGCCUACAUAUUUCUGUCGUCUCUUUCCCGUGGCAUCAACAGGUCACUAUUCUAGUGUCAAAUAUUUGGGCGUGAGUCAUACAGGUUUACGUCUGGUAACAAGAGAAAGAACAUUAAUAGAUGACCAUCUCUCUGUUUUAGAAGAAAUCAGGUUUGAAGAUGUAGUAGAUUGUGUGAUGCCAAGUGAUUCAACGAUACAACUUGACUUAAAAACAAAAUCAGUUUUAUUUUACACACCCAGGGCAAAGCAGCUGAAAAACAUGAUUGAUAAAUUCUGUACAGAGAGUGAAAAGGGGAAUAAGUAUGUUGUAGCUUUAAGAGAUUAUAUAACCAGAGAAUCAACAUUACUCAGUUUUAAAUGUGGGGAUAUUAUAAAACUCAUGGAUCCUGAGAUGCACUUGGAUCAAGGUUGGCUUUAUGGCUCAUUGAAUGGUAUUGUUGGUAUUUUCCCAUCAGAGUAUGUUAAAGUAUUACUUCGUCAUGAAGUUGAACAUAGUUCAACAACCAGGGCAGUUUUAGUACAAAGACAAACAAGUAGAGAAUCAAGAGAUGAUAUUAGUGAUGCGAGUCAAGGUUCAUUCAUGCCAGAAGGAAAAUAUUCAAUGAUUGAGUUUGCUAUCAUGAAUUUUAGAGAAACAAUAGACAAGUACGAAAUGCUGAGAAAGAAUGAUGGUUCUAUCAGGGGAACAAUCAAAAUGAUUGAAAGUCUCAAGCUUCGUAAACUACAACAACUAACUAAACAUGGACGAAACAAUUCUAAAGCUGGUGAUUGGUCAUGGAAAGAACAGGCAGAACUUAUUAAAUGGACAAGGUCCCCUAUCCAGGCCUCUCUGUUGAAACUUACAUCUGCUGAACUCAACAAAAUGGCUUUAGAAUGUUUUAUAUGUAUAAUGAGGUUUAUGGGAGAUUAUCCAAUGAAUAACAUUUCUGAUGUUGACUGUGUUAUCGACAUUCUUAGAUGUUGUCAUAAAUAUCCUGAAUUACGAGAUGAAAUAUUCUGUCAAUUAUGUAAACAGACGACAAAUAAUAGAAGUAUGAAACCAAAAAGUGCUAUUAGAGGUUGGAGAUUGUUUGGUAUUGUUGCUGCUUUCUGUGAUUGUUCAGAUACACUGAGACCAUAUUUAUUUAAAUACCUAGAAACUAACUCAUCAGACAUCAGUCGACCAUAUAGUUCUGCUGCCACGUUGUGUCUUCAGAAUCUACGAAAGACCUUCCGUUAUGGUGGAAGGAAGAACGUACCAUUAAGAGAAGAAAUCCAAGCUCUCGGUGAUGGUCGAAACUGUAAACGAUUCCCGUUUGUAUAUUCUGGAUCUAAUUCACAUGGUGGAAUGUUACAAGUUAAGUCAUGCACAGUUGUACUAGAUGCUAUUGAAGAUAUCUGUAGAAAUCUGAGUAUUGUUGAUCAAGUAGAAUUUGAAGAAUAUACGUUAUUCUUAAGAUCAAGAGAUGGUGGAAUAAAGAAAUUAGGUCGAGAAGAAUAUAUAUUAGAUAUCACCUCGGAAUGUCUUCGCAAAAAAAUUGAAUAUGACCUCAUUUUCCAGAGAACUGUAUGGUUCUUCCCUGUCCAUCAUAAUGAUAAUGAAAUCUAUAUUAAUCUUCUAUUUCAACAGUGUGUAUUAGAUUAUCUGGAUGGAUUAUUGAUAGAGAUGCCAAAUGGUGUUCCUUCUAGAGAAACUUUGGAAGAUAUAGUAACAAUUGGAGCUCUAUUAUAUAAAAGUAAAGAAAAUGCUGCUGUUCCAAGUCUAAGAGAAUUGGACACAUUAAUACCUGCAAAUGUUCUUAAUGUACCUGGAAUGAGACCACAACAAUGGUUAAAUAGAAUACAUAGUAGAAUAGCGGAGUUGCCUUCAAGACCACCAAUGGCUUACAGGGCACAGUUUAUUGAUAUUUUAUCUACAUGGAAAUUAUUUGGAUCAACAUUUUUCCAUAUUAAGAGUAUACCUAAUGUAACAGGACAAUGUAUACUGGCUGUAAAUAGAAAUGGUAUUCAUUUCCUCAGACAUGACACAAGGGAGGUUAUUGUUUAUCAUCCAUUCGUGGAGACGUUAUCUACUCGACGUUAUCGCAGUGAUUAUAAUGUGAAUUAUUUAGAUAUGAAAGUGGGUAAUUUGAUGGUACAGAAGAUAAUGAGAGUGGAAACUGAUCAGGGAUCUGAUAUCUCCAAUAUGAUUGGUCAGUACAUGCAGGUCAUCAAUCGACACCGUAAACGGCCCGAUCGACCAAGCCCAUCUCCGUAUUAAAUAAUGGGACCGGAACAAAUCUGCAUGAUAACAUAAAAUACCAAAAAUAAUACCCUCACUAUAAGAUUCUUUCAAAAUGUAUAUAGAUAUAAAUAUGUAUAUUUAAUACUUAUAUAAAAAAACAAUUUCUUAUUCUUGAACAAAUUGUAUAUAGCUUAUGCUAUUAAUAUGUCUUUCAUUCUUAUGGAAAAUUUUGCCUAGAAGAAAAUGCUUAGAAGAUAUUAAUUAUUUGAAAUUGUUAAUUUUGAAAAUAAGAGUAAAGUUUAUUUUGAAAAAAAAAGAGUUAAAAAAAAAAAGUUAAAAAAAAAAAGAUUUAUUUUUCUUUUGAAACUGUUCAUUUUGAAGAAAAAAAAUAGUAAAAAAGAUUAAUCAUUUAAUUGAUCUUUUGAAGAAAAAAAAAGGAAAAUAAGAUUUAUCAUUUAAGUAAUAGCUCUUGAAAAUAAAAAUAAGAUUUUUUUUUUUUCAACACAUCAAAGCAUAAUAAUAUAUAUUUAUGUAUUUAUAUAUUCACAAAUAACAGAAUUUAUAAACACUUCAAUUUCUUAUUCUGGUUAGAUUAGCACAUUCCACAUUGACAUAAACUCACUAAUUGUAAAUAUAAUUGUAAUUUUAUUAUACAUGAAUAUCGGCAAUAAAUACUGCUACUUAGUAAUAAUUAUAAAUAUUAAAUAAUGAUUAUUAAGAAUAAAAUGUUGUUUAUAUUAAAAAAAAAUUUAUUGACAAAAUGUAUUUAUUAUAUUAUAACUAAAAGUGCUUUUUUCAUGUAAAUGUAUGUUUUUGGGGUUACUUGUUUUCUCUGUGGAAUAUUUAAGUAUUGUAUUGUUAGAAUUUACAUAUAUUGACCCAAUUUCUCAAUUCAUUCAAUCUUAUCUAGUGUUUUAAAAACUACAAAUAUUUAUACCUUUAUAUUCACCCUUUAGCACUUAGACCGCACAAAUCAACCCUUAAUUGUGGCGCCUUCAAUGGUCAUAUAAUAGGGAAAGCUAUCUCGGGUCGCUUGGUUGAGGCAGUCUAAGGAACAGCUGUUUCAGUCUGUUCAGGGAUGUACCAGUAUUAACAUAUCCUUUAUCUCUAAUUUUCUUCAAGGAACUGAGGUCCAUCAAUAUUUACAUGUAUCAAGUGCUAAAGGGUUAAUUAUAUUAAUUUGAUUAUGAUGAAAGGUUCAUAUAUUAUAUUAUAGUGUUUUAUAAAUCAGGAAUAAUUAUUAAUCAUUUAAAUUUGCUGCAUUUAGGUAUUGGUGAAGGUAGUAAUUAACACUUAUACCAUUUAAUAUUUUAAUUAGGCCAAGAUAAAAACACCUGUGUUUAUGGUUACCAAACUGACCCUAUUUUUUUUUUUAGCCAAAAUCGGGGUCCCCUUAACUUUUUUUCCUAUUUCCCAGGUGUGAAUUUCUCUAGACAAAUUCCAACACUGAAAUUUCAGUAUUAUUUUCAAGAACCGUACUCAGUAUUUAAGCUAGAAAUGCUAGGAAAUAUAUAAUACAAACCCCACAGAAAAAAAAAGAUUUUCCAACUGAACGAUCCUAUUUUUAUUUUGGCCAAGUCACAUAAACACAGGUAUUUUUUUUUUCUCGGCCUUACAUGAAUCAUUUAAACAGGAAUCUUUUUAUAUAUAUGUGCAUUGUGUUGUACCAAUAUUUCUGUAUAAGUGUCCAUUUAAGUAAACCACUAACCUAUAUUUACAAGAUCUUAAUUAUAUUAUGCACCAAACAAAGAUUAAUACCAACUUCUAUAGGCCACACCAGUUUGAUUUUCUGUUUUUCAGGAACACAAAAUAAACAUUUUGCCUCCAAUUUCUUCAGAAAAAAAACUAAUUUGGAAACAAAAGUACUUAAGUAUUAAGUACUGUACUUAAGUAUUUGUUUUGGAAUUUUAAGGAAAAAUUGCACACAAGAAUUGAGGAUUUAUUUAUUCAUCAAGACCCCGAACAAAAAAAUUUAAUUGGUUUGGCCUAUUGGUAAAUGAAAGUAAACUGGGAAUAUUGAAAAUGUUUACCAAGAUUAAAAUGAAGAAAACAUGUUUAAAACAUGGAAUAUGUCAACGUUUUGCUCAAAAUAUUUUGAUAGUUUAGCAUAAUAGUACUAAUUGAUAUAAAAGUAUUUGGGGGAAAGUUUCCUUGAAGAAAAAUAUUGUAUUACGUGUUCAACUAGUUGUGAUUGAAUAGGUUUGUUUGGAAUUUUUGUGUAGUUGUGAAACACAGUUGUGAUGAAAUACUAAACAAGUUGAGUUAUGACAUUUAUAUUCUAUUUUGGGGGAGGGGGGGGAAUAUCAGAAUAUUCGUUUUUUAUUUGAUGAGUGGGACAAAUCACUUACAAAACAUUCCUUUUUUAUUCCGAUAUGUGGGACAAACACUUAUAAAACAUUCCUUUUUUAUUCCAAUGUGUGGGACAAACCACUUACAAAACAAAUGAUUAUUUUAGGUUUUUUGAUCUAUAUAUAAUAAAAGUUAUAUAUCAUAUUCUAUGUGCAAUCAUAUAUCAUAUCAUAUACACAUUUCAAGUUUUAUAUUGUCUAGUACUAUAUAGUUUAUAAGCAAUUUAACAAAUAUUUAUAUUAAUCUCAUAUUUUUAUACUGACAUCACAAUUAAAGUUUAUAAAAUAUA